CACUGCAUGGUCUGUACUUGGAUUAGCUGAGAAUCCACUUGCAAGAUCAGCAAGUGUCUGGAAGAUUUCCUCCUUGAAAAAUAGCCCUUGUUGUAGCAUGAUUGAGUUCAGAUUUUUGGAAAUGACCUUAUAACCCCUCCAACAGAUUGAUAGGUAGCAACAUUUAAUUCAUUUCUGACAACUGCUGAUGUCUCCAGACCAGCAAACAGCCAGACAAGGCCGUACGUGCUGAUGAUCCAGUAACUUGCAGCACUGUUAGCUUGCUGAGGCUGCAUAGCAGGCUGAGGAGACGCUCCUGAGAGACAGCUUAUGUUUGCUUUAUUUUUCCUUUUUGUCACAAAGUCUGUUUAGUAUGAUUUACUCACACAUUGAAGAAUCUGCAGCUGUGGCACAGCUUUUGCAUUGAGUUGGUUGAUGGCUGUAUUAAGUCUGUGCUUUGUACCAAUGUGUCUACAGUUACUGACCUCAUCAUAGCUCCCAGAAAAUAAUGGGAGGAGCGGUGUUGGAUGAUGGACCUCCUGGAGUGAAGGCGCCAGAUGGAGGCUGGGGUUGGGCAGUGUUGGCGGGAUGCUUCGUCAUCACUGGCUUCUCAUACGCGUUCCCCAAGGCUGUCAGCAUCUUCUUCAAGGACCUUAUUCAAGAGUUUGAGGUUGGCUACAGUGCCACAGCUUGGAUCUCCUCAAUACUGCUUGCCAUGCUAUAUGGCACAGGCCCUCUGUGCAGCGUGCUGGUGAACAGAUUUGGCUGUAGGCCGGUGAUGAUGGUUGGAGGAGUCUUUGCUUCAGUGGGAAUGAUUCUGGCUUCCUUUGCCAAAAGCAUCACACAUAUUUACCUCUGCACUGGAGUUAUUACAGGUCUGGGUCUAGCAAUGAACUUCCAGCCAUCUCUGAUAAUGUUGAACUGCUACUUCAGUGAGAAGCGUCCUCUAGCCAAUGGCUUGGCAGCAGCAGGCAGCCCUGUGGCGCUAUGCUGUCUGUCUCCAUUGGGGCAGAGUCUCCAAAACCAGUAUGGUUGGCGGGGUGGAUUCCUUAUUCUAGGAGGCAUGCUGUUCAACUGCUGUGCCUGUGGUGCUCUCAUGCGGCCCCUGUCCACCCCUAAGAAGACCCAGAUGCUGGAAGAAAACACUCUGCUGGCUGCAGACAAACCGAAGGCAAAGAAGAAACUAUUGGACUUCAGUGUGUUCAAGGACAGAGGUUUUGUAAUCUAUGCCAUUGCAGCUUCUGUGAUGGUGCUAGGCUUGUUUGUGCCGCCUGUGUUUGUGGUCAGUUAUGCUAAAGGCCUUGGCUACAAGGACACCAACUCAGCACUGCUGCUCUCGAUCUUAGGAUUUGUUGAUAUGUUUGCCCGACCUGCAUCAGGACUCAUAGCAGGCAUGAAGCGUGUGCGGCCUCGAAGCGUCUAUCUCUUCAGCUUCGCUAUGAUCUUCAAUGGGUGCACUGACAUCAUAGGAUCGCAGGCAAAGAACUAUGCUGGUCUGGUGGUCUUCUGUAUUUUCUUUGGUAUAUCAUACGGGAUGGUUGGAGCACUUCAGUUUGAGGUCCUCAUGGCCAUUGUGGGGAAAGAGAAGUUUUCCAGUGCCAUUGGCCUGGUGCUGCUAAUGGAAGCUGUUGCUGUGCUGGUGGGACCUCCUGGAGCAGGUCGGCUCCUGGACGCUACCCAUCAGUACAUGUACGUGUUCCUGUUGGCGGGCUGUGAAGUGACAGUAUCUGCCUUUGUCAUUGCCACCGGGAACUUUCUUUGCAUUAGGAGGGAACGAGAAGAUGGACAGGCUAAGAUUGAGAUGGCCGUAAGCGCCGCUGAGCUGGAGGGCCUCAACCAGGCGGCAAACGAAGAACACGAUGGAGGCAAAAAGGAGCAGACGGGAAAAGAAAAUGGAAAAGUCCGUGUUUUGAAAGUGCAGGAAGACAUGACGGUGACGGAGGCACCAGAAGACACCGGGAAUUAACAUUAGUAUUAGCGAGAUAGCAUAAAUUGUACCAAUAGGACACAGAAAGAUCUGAUGCUACGGUAAAAAAAAGAAAGAACUGACAUUUGAUCACAAAUGUAUAUCCAAGUGUCACAGGUUCACUAGCUGCUUUCAGCUGAAAUGGCUCUAACGCCCCACACCUGUAAGAGGAAAAACUCAUCACCAGUUUGAGUGUAGAAUCAUCUUUUUAGUUAUCGGUCUUAUUCAUCUGUAAAAAAUAUCCUACAGCUGCUUUCAAUCACAUCUCCGAGUCUGUGAGCAGACGCAGCUCGUCUUCAGGGUGAAGCUUGACGUGCUAAUAAAAGAAAACAUGUUUGCAGCUCAGUCUGUGGGUUCCUCUGGGUCAUUUGUGCAACGGUUUCUUGGUAAAUUAUACAAGAACAAGAAACAUAUUUAGAAAGAAUGGCUGUUGUCAUCCAACAUGCCCAUAAAAGGCUUCACGAUAUACUGCUGCUGUUCACCUGCUUGUCUUACUCUGCUGGACAGUCGUCUGUUUCACAUAUAAAGUGCUGUUUCUUGUUAUUUUAAUGUGCUGAAUCCAAACCUGACAAUUAAAAUAUCUGAUUAGCUGCUGUCUCCAAGACAUUUAUUUUUACACUACAUGUUGUUUAGAUGAGUUUUUUUUAUAUGUGUUUGGUAAUAUCUGACCUUUCUUCAUUAUGAAACAA